UUAUGCAGUGCCACCGGCAUUACUCAUUCAUCCCCACUCAGGCGUCCCCAGCAUUUAUUAAGGGCGCUGGGCUCCUGCCGCUCACUCUCACUCUCCUCCGCUCCAACUCUGCUACUUGGUGCGGCUCUCCCCCGGCUCCUCCCGCCAGCUGUGGGAAGUCUCCGAAGAACUUCGUCUCCCUCCAGCAAUGCAUCUCUGUGCGAUUCUGUUUUGUGUUCUCUGGUUUGCAGUGCGCGCCGAGAACUCGGAUGACUAUGAGCUCAUGUACGUGAAUUUGGACAACGAAAUAGACAAUGGACUUCAUCCCACCGAGGACCCCACGCCGUGUGACUGCCGUCGGGAGCCCUCCGAGUGGGACAAGCUCUUCAUCAUGCUGGAGGACUCGCAGAUGAGGGAGAGCAUGCUGCUGCAGGCCACCGACGUUUCAGUUGUAGUCAUUAAAAUGCCCAGGCUAACAUACCUAAAUGCCAGAAUCAUUUCUGAAUGCCUUUAUAUAUUUUUUUCAUAUUCUUCUUAUUUUCCUGCUACUCUAGGCUGUGAAACAGCGAUUUUAUUCCCAAUGCGUUCCAAGAAGAUUUUUGGAAGCGUGCAUCCGGCGACACCAGUGAAGCUCGAGUCUUUUACUGCCUGCAUUUGGGUCAAAGCCACAGAUGUAUUAAACAAAACCAUCCUGUUUUCCUAUGGCACGAAGAGGAAUCCAUAUGAGAUCCAGCUGUACCUCAACUAUCAGGCCAUCGUGCUGGUGGUGGGCGGAGAGGAGAACAGACUGGCUGCGGAUACUGUGAUUUCCCUGGGAAAGUGGACCCAUCUGUGCAGCACCUGGAACUCUGAGAAAGGGCGCGUGUCCUUGUGGGUAAACGGUGGACUGGUGGCCACCACCGUGGGAUUGGCCGCAGGUCACAUUGUUCCGGAGGGAGGCAUUCUGCAGAUUGGCCAAGAGAAGAACGGCUGUUGUGUGGGCGGCGGCUUUGAUGAAACAUUAGCCUUUUCUGGGAGACUCACCGGCUUCAAUAUCUGGGAUCGAGUUCUCAGCAAUGAAGAGAUAAGAGAGACGGGAGGAGCAGACUCUUGUCACAUCCGGGGAAAUGUGGUCGGGUGGGGAGUCACAGAGAUUCAGCCACAUGGAGGGGCUCAGUAUGUCUCCUAAGUAUUGUGAAACUCUACUUGAAGCCAAAGAAAGAAAUUCACUUUUUAAACAUAUGCCAGUGUGGGAAGGUCUAAAAGCCACAGUGCAUAUUCAGAAACACUUGAGACGAAUGAAGGGGAGAGUUGAGAUCAAUCUUUAUUUAUCUUGGCAAAAUACUGAAUAAACAGUUGAGCGAAGACAUCGGAGAAGGCUUUUGGGGAUAUUGUUACUAGACUUUAUGCCACGGUGCUUUCAAAUUAAUGUUGUGUCUUUGUCAGAUAAACUCUCAAAUAAUCAAAAAGGACUGUGUUGUUGAACAGGACAGUUGUUUUACUUUUUUUUUUUUUUGAUUCAUUUUGUUUUGGCCAGAGAUGACUUUUACAUCGGAAGAAUAAUGAAAUAACGUUUGUUGUCGAUUGUUCCUUGUUUUUGGCAUGUACCUUAUUAUAAAAAAAAAUGAUGGUGAAACGUAUUUAUACUACAAUGUGACUUAACAAAUACAAAUGUAGUUUAUGUGUUAUAAUCAAAUGUCACUUUUUUUGAGAAGAUAGUUAUAUAAGUUAUAUUGUAAAAUGGUUUUGUAUUAAUUU